UUCCGUCUCGAUGCUUGAUAACAGUGGGUCGGGCGAAGACGUUUGUUCGCUUAGCUAUUUAUUACGAUCGCGAACCCAUAAUAAAAGUUCACGGUACUUUUCUACACAGUUUAUUUAACACGUGUUCUAGACCAUCGAGGCAUAUGGAAAAACUUUGUUCAAAAAUAUUCAAUUCGACUUUAGUAGAAACAUUAAAAAUAAAUCAUACUUAACAGCCAGUUUCACUGAAAUAUGUCGUUCACCGAAGACCGCAUUGAGCAAAUUAUUGGCAGAUUCGGGAGAUAUCAAGUGUGGAUAUUAUUUCUGGUGACUCUAGGACGGUAUCCCGCUGAAUUCCAGCUAGUGAAUGUGGUGUUUAUAGUUCCUAGCGUCGAGUUCGUGUGUAAAGACGCAGACGCCUUCAAUGUGACCAACCACUGCCCUUGCCAACAACCGGAGUAUGACCAGAGCACCAUAGUCAGCUCGGUGACGACCGAAUGGAACCUUAUAUGCAACAGGAGUCACCUAGCGAGUUUAGCACAGUCUAUACUCCAGAUCGGCAUUCUAGCCGGAAGUUUAGCAUUUGGACACAUUUCAGACAGAUAUGGACGUAAAAUCGCUGUUGUGCUAGCGCUGUUUCUUGAAGCAGUAUUUGUCACACUUUCAGCGUUUGUGACUGAUUACUGGAUGUUCAUGGUCAGUCGGUUCUUGAUCGGCACAGCGCUCGGCGGGACCAUGCUUUGCUGUUUUGUCCUCUUGGUUGAGCUGAGUGGGCGCACGAUGAGACCCUACAUCAUGGGGCUGUGCGAAGUCCCCUACGUGUCAGGCUACGUCGCGCUGCCGAUAAUAGCCUACUUCGUCAGGGAGUGGAGGCCCCUGCAGCUGGUAACGGGAGCGCCUUGGCUGCUCACGCUCGCGUUCUACUGGAUGCUGCCGGAGUCUCCCCGGUGGCUCAUUACCGUGGGAAGGAAGAAGCAAGCCAUCGAACUUCUUACGUAUAUAGCCAAAAAAAACAAUCGCCCGACUGACAAUAUCGAAACCAUUGUAAAUGAAGUUGAGAAGGAAUCAAUGUCGACAAACGAGAACAAACAUGGCAGUUACAUCGAUCUGUUCAAAACGCCAAAGAUCAGAAAAUACACUAUUAUUUCUGCGUUAGUCUGGAUGUGCUGUUCCCACACCUUUUUCGGGAUAAACCAGUACGUGGGUCAUCUUCAGGGUAACCUGUAUGUAAACGUGAUAGUGACGGCCGCCAGCAACGCUCCUGGAGUGAUAAUUGUGGUGAUUGCCACAUUGCACUUCAAGAGGAGAGCGACUCUCAUUGGAAGCUUCGCUAUCGCCGGGGCAUCGUUUGUAGUUUUCGUCUUAGUCCCUAGCCACUUGCAGUGGGUCACUCUAAUGUUUGCUAUCAUCGGCCAAAUGGGUGUUUAUACUGCGUUCAUGCAAAUAUACAUGUAUUCAUCGGAAAUGUUUCCUACAGUAGUGAGAAACUCUGCAUUGGGUUUCUCAUCAGUAUUCGCUAGACUUGGUGGAUUCAUAGCGCCAUAUGUGGUCAAUAUCGGCAUAGAAUGGGCAUCCAUAUUAAUAUUCAGUGCUGCGGCGUUCGGAGCGGCGAUCUUGUGUUGUUUCUUCCCAGAAACUAAAGGAGUUGUUCUGUCGAACGCAAUAGACCAGGUGGAAGACAAAGACAAAAGGUCGUCUGAAAAAAUGUACCUUUCAUCACCAUCACCAGUUUCAAUAAUUGAUCACUCAUAAUUAGCAUGGAACAUUAUCAAGUUAUAACUGAACUUAAUCUCAUAUCAUUCUCUUGUGUGUCACCAAAAUAUAACCUUUGUAGGUAGGUACUUGGACACCCGCAUAUUUCUUCCAAGCUAUUGAAAUCAAUUGUAAAGAAUGAGGCGAUUGUUAUCACGGCAGUGAUACCGAGAAUUGGAAUGAUGCUUGAACUGGUUCUCUGUAGGCCGACGCGACGUUUUGCUUUUAUCACCUAAAGUGUGCAAUCUCAGAAUUUCAGGAUACAAACAGAAUAAGGAUUUCUUUGACGUUAUACAGAGGACACAAAGGAAGCACACAAACACGCGAAUGUGAUAUUUAAUUUUAGAGCAUUUAUAAUAUUAAAAUAUGUACGUAUGUGAUAAUGGAAUGGUUAAUGUAUAUUCCUAAAUAAGUAGGUACAAUCUUUGGCAUAUAAUGAGAAUUCACAGAAUAUAAUUUACCUACACAACUUUU